AUGCCCUGGCGUUUGUUUAAACGUGCCCCUCAGCCGCGAAACCGCGAUGUUCCCCCUCUUCCUAUAGUGAAUGCAGGAGAAACAGUCUUGCCUGCUAAGACUGAUGACUUGUGGACAAAGGCUAGGGAAAAGCUCUCCGAAGACAAACAUAUGCGUCUGAUUUUGGAAGAAGCAGCCAAGAUUGUUGGAGCCUCUGGUUUGGAUAUCGAAUCUCAUGGUGCAAAAGAUUCCCAGCAGCUUCACGACUCUCUUGAUGUCAAAGUCAAAGAACUUGAAAAGAGGGCAUUGGUGUUUCAGUUCAACGAUCAUUCUAUCAAAGUCAGGGAGCAGCUAGGCCGGGUGAUUCGAAAUAUCCUGGUGUUGAAAGAUCUGGUCAGCUCGGCUGCAUCUUCGAGUCCCCCAGCGGCAAUAGUGUGCGCGAGUAUCACCUUCUCUCUCACGUUGUUUAUCCGUGCCGAAGACCAAGAUAGCGAGCUUCUGAAUGGACUAGAGAAGAUUUCCGGCAUGCUUCCUCGUCUUCAGAUGAUGGAAAAUCUCUACCUCCCUUACCACGCCAAUCUAUCUGGCAAUUUCAUGGAGAAAUUUCAAGAAGCGCUGGUACUGCUUUAUUGCAAAAUCCUUGAAUUUCAAGCUCGAGCGUUGUGUUUCUUGGAAAAGAACACAGCCCGUCGAUUUUACAACAAUCUGAUCCAUGAAAAGUGGGACACUUUGGCAAAAAGCAUCGAAAGCCAAGAAACUGAAGUCCAAAAAUCCACUUGGCUUCUUAAUGCAGCACAGAGACAGCAAGACACAGAAAAGAUCACAAACCACAUUCAAAAAGCGCUCGAAAAGCAUCAAGUCAAGAAAACAACUUCGGAUCGAAACAAGAAAGCAAACCGAUUCUUCAAGUUGCUCCAUAACUGUCCGUAUGAAGACAGAAAAGAUCGCGUUGACAAGCGUGUAGCCGGGACAUGCGAAUGGUUUACCGACCACUCUCACUUUCGAGAAUGGAAAGAGAACAAAGAUUCCAGUCUUCUGUGGGUUUCAGCCGACCCAGGAUGUGGAAAGUCAGUCUUAUCAAAGUAUUUGGUCGACGAAGUCCUCCCUGCCGAAAAAAGGACAGUCUGUUACUUCUUCUUUCGUGACGAUUAUCCAGACCAGAGAAGGUCCACAAUUGCGCUUGCCAAUAUCUUACAUCAAAUCUUCCUGGCUCAGCCCUGGCUUCUCUCAGAUUCUGUUCUGGAAGAACAGGAAAGAGAAGGUGAAAGGCUACUUCAGUCAUUCCACACUCUAUGGAAUAUUUUCACCAGAGUCACCUCGAGAAAUGACUCCGAUGAGAUCAUUUGUGUCAUAGAUGCGUUGGAUGAGUGUCAGGAAGAUGAAAGAAAGCAGCUUGUCGAAGCCAUAGCAGACCUCUACCUGAGAGGUAAAAAUGGCGACAAGCUAAAGUUCCUUUUGACAAGCAGGCCCUACGGCCACAUAAUCGAAGACUUUCGAGAGUUGGAGGGCCAAAUGCCGACAAUUCACUUGAGUGGGGAGGGCGAAGUCGAAUCGGAGAAAAUCUCAGUCGAAAUCAACCUGGUCAUCGAGAAAAGAGUUCAAGACAUCUCUCUUCGCAAAAGAUUAGAUGAAAUCAACUGCCAAUUUUUGCGAAAUAAGUUCACGAAGAUACCGCAUCGAACUUAUCUUUGGGUCACUCUUACGAUGGAUUACGUUGAAAAUCUUGUUGGCUUCAACAAAGGAAAAGUCCGUGAAAUCGUGCUCCCUCAAACGGUUGAUGAUGCCUACGAACGGAUUUUGAGCAAAGGCAGAGAUCACAUGGCAGCGAAGCGUCUACUGCACAUUGUUUUGGCCGCAAAAAGGCCAAUGUCCGUGGACGAACUAUCUCUUGCCAUGGCUCUGAAAAGGGAGGGCCAGUCCAUUGAUGACAUAGCAGAGUCAAUCGAAUCCACUGAAAGCUUCAAAGACACGUUACGAAGUAUCUGUGGAUUGAUGCUUGUCGUCGUCAAUGAGAGAGUCUACCUUCUGCAUCAAACUGUGAAGGAGUUCCUAGUCCAGGAUUCAUCAAAGCCAAUUGAUAUCGAGUCUUCCAACAGCUGGAAGCAUAAAUUCUCGACAAAAAGGUCACACCAGGUCAUUUCAGAGAUGUGCAUAUGGCAUAUUUAUGUUACUUCAGCAGAAGCUGGUCUAGAUCUUCUUUUGAACUAUUCAGCACUUUAUUGGACGGAUCACUUUCGCGAAGCCUGUUUUCCCUGCCAAGACAAGAUUCAAACGUUAGCGUGUCAUCUCUGCGCCCCAGGCUCGAAACUGCAAAAAUCCUGGACAGAUGUAUACAUGGACGAGACAGAAGGAUAUCUUCCAAUGGAUCCCAUACCACUUCUCAUUCCAGCUUUCUUUGGUCUUGAUUCUGUCAUAAAAAAGCUCCUCAAGGAUGACACCGUGGAAGUGGAUAUCCCGGAUUCUAAAGAUGGCCAAACUGCGCUAUCAUUAGCUGCUGAAUAUGGACAUGAUACUGUCGUUAGCCUACUUCUGGCUAACAAAGCAGAUAUAGAGUCGAAGGACACUAAAUAUGGCCAGACUCCGCUUUCAUGGGCUGCUCAAUAUGGACAUGAUACUGUCGUUAGUCUACUUCUGGCUAGCAAAGCAAAUAUAGAGUCAAAGGGCACUAAAUAUGGCCAGACUCCGCUUUUAUUGGCUGCUCGAAAUGGAUAUGAUACUGUCGUCAGUCUACUUCUGGCUAGUAAAGCAGACAUCGACUCUAAGGACGAUUAUAGCCGAACUCCGCUUUUAUGCGCUGCUGAAAAUAGACAUGAUACUGUCGUCAGUCUACUUCUGGAUAGUAAAGCAAAUAUGGAGUCGAGGGACUCUCAUGGCCAAACUCCACUUUUAUUGGCUGCUCGAAACGGAUACGAUGCUGUCGUCAGUCUACUUCUGGCUAGCAAGGCAGACAUCGACUCUAAAGACGAUUAUAGCCGGACUCCGCUUUUAUGGGCUGCUGAAAAUGGACAUGAUACUGUCGUCAGUCUACUUCUGGCUAGCAAAGCAGAUAUAGAGUCGAAGGACUCUCAUGGCCAAACUCCACUUUUCUUGGCUGCUCGAAAUGGAUAUGAUACUGUCGUCAGUCUACUUCUGGCUAGCAAAGCAGAUAUAGAGUCGAAGGACUCUCAUGGCCAAACUCCACUUUCAAUAGCUGCUAAAUUUGGAUAUAAUAAUGUCGUUAGGCUACUUCUGGUUAGCAAAGCAGACAUAGAUUCGAAGGACGCUUCUGGCCGAACUCCGCUUUCAUUGGCUCGUAUUAAUGAACAUCAUGAUGUGGCUCGAAUGCUUCAAGCCCCGAGAAAGAUGGGUUUAGACUAG